UGUCUAAAGUCUCUGUCACUUUAAAAUGUCGCGCGCCGCUGCAUGUGGGUCCUUUUGGCCGUCUCAGAUUGUGCUCUUAAUAUUUGUAUUAAUGUCAUUAUCAUUGACGUUGCGGCGAGCAAAUGCAAAUCCAUUGCCGGAUCUCACGCAGGAGUACCAGAAUUUGAUAGCUGAGAGUUCGACGAUUAAUUCGACGGAUAAUUCAACAGAUAAUUCGACGGAUACUGCGGCCAACACAGACGUAUACGUGAUAAAAGCUGUAGUCUACGAAAUUGGAAUUCUUACAGAUACAGAUAACGCAACGACUAGCGAAAGCACCGAAAGACACGAAAGAGUCGAUAUAUCGCUGUACGAUCCACCGCAUCAGAAAGACGAAUUCUCCUAAUCGUAAUAAUGAAUCUUUUUAUCUCAAAGCGAAUGUUGUAGUUACAAAAUUUAUGAAGAUUAGAAACGAGAAACAAAAUGACAAAUCACUUUACUGUAAAGAUUGCGUAUAUGGAACGACGAUAUUUUCAGUAGAUGUAUGUAUGUACAUUAGUAAAUUACUGAUUAUGUAUUGUAUAAGAUUGCAAUGUAAAGAUGUAUAAAGCGCAAAGUGUAAUAAUAUGAUGUGCAUGCAAUUUAUAAAAAUUUCGAUGUCAAACUUAUAUAAUGCUGCGAGACGAGCGCUUUGGGAUUUAGAAUAAAGUUUUAUUAUUUUAUCAUUUAA